AUGAUUGGAUGUCUCUCAGCUUCAAUCACUCUGGUGGGCUUAGCUUCCCUUUUGAAGUGUGGACAUUCCGUUUACUUGCUCCUGAGCAACUUCAAAAUGGAAAAGGAUAACAUAGACAAUUUUUCGUUACCCAUUACACUUGUUGUCCAAAUAAUUAUUUGCGCCCUGAUAACAGUAUACGGAGGAAGCAAAUUAUUUUUAAAUUUUGAAAAUAUUAAUGGGGGAUCUGCAGCAAAUUUCGAUAAUUACGCUUGGGAUAGGAAUCAUGCAAGGAAGAGCUUUCGACCAUGUGUUAACAGAAAACAUUUUAUUAAGGACUAUGUAAAAGAUUACCUUGUAAAGUCCAUAUAG